AUGCUAAAAGUUGCAGUGACUGCAUUGUUAACACUAAGGUCGUGCGCAGGACCCGCUGAAUCACGCGGUACUUCACUAAAAGUGGGGACCGGCGGAGUGGGAGUAACGGUCUCCACCUACAGUGGAUGCAGUGAAUCUUGGUCCCCCGACGGCAGAAAUAUGGUGUGCGGAUCACCGAGUACAGGCCCAAGCAAGACUGUCAGACGAUCAAAUUCUGUCACCUCUACCCCACAGAAAAUACAAGGCCAACCAGUAAGUGGCAGCAUAGCCGGCGCCAAGCGUCAAGAAAUGCAGACCGCAGCCCCAAGUUCGGGCGGUGCCCCCCAUCUGACAUCUGUCACUCUGGAUAAUCCACGAGAGGGUAAAACGCAGACUAAGAACACGAGUGAUGCCGUAAUUCGGGGACCGACCGAGCGGUUGACCGAUCUAUCCUCACGUGGGGAGCCAGCACACGCGCCCGUGGGAAACGGGAAAGCAACAGAACGAGUAAAACAAGUUCACGAUGGGGAGCAACGAGACCUUGAAGGCAGAGGUUGUAAAGACCAGAGCCCAGCAAGGAGUGAGCCAGCAUCAGGGUUAAUGAGGGACGAUGGUAUGGAUGUAUCACGGCCACCUGCACGGAGGACAGUUUCGGGGGCCGAGCAGGAAAGUACCCGGGAGCUGAUGACGCGCAAUCUGAGUGAGCAAGAGUCAGCAGAAAAUAGUACUCAGGAGAAGAAAAGUGCUGCAAACAAAGGGCAUGCGGUGAUGAUCUCUGCUGCAUUAACCCUCAUAAGUUUUUAA